AUGGAUUCCUCCUAUAACGCCACUGUUGGAUCUGUAAUUCGAAAUGGUCAGUGGGUGGUUUCUAGUUCCAAUGAUUAUAGAGCUGUCCAAAUUCGUUCUUUGUUGGAUUCGGUUAAUAUUGGUGGCAGAGAUGCUGUUCUCUGGAGCAAUGACUUAGUGGUUAAUCUUCGUACUAUAUGGGAAUCCAUUCGUAGAAGGGGUACAUCACAGCCUUGGAUUCCAUUGGUUUGGAACAAAUUUCAUAUUCCUUCUUGCUCCUUUAUUUCCUGGCUUGCCUGCCGUAAUAGACUUUCCACUAAGGACAGGAUGAUUGAUAUUGCUCUUGCUGUUGAUCCGGUUUGUUGCUUGUGUCGUAGUUCUGCUGAGAGUGUGGAGCAUCUUUUCUCCUCCUGCCCUUACACUUACUUAUUACUACGUGCUUGUCCAUUUGCUAUUACUCUCUACUGGAAUGAUUGGCUUUCGGGAAAUUUCUUUAUUGAUAACCUCACUGUUUUUGAAAAGCAGCUGGCCUACCUUUACAUUACAGUGGUUAUUUAUUUGGUUUGGAGGGAACGUAACAGCCGAGUGCAUGAUAAUGGGAGUAUGACGGUGGGCAAUCUUCAUAGGCUCAUUAAACAAAUGUAUAGAGAAAAAUUAUUCUCUUGUCCCUUAUUUCGAAGGAAAUUAAGUGAUUCACCCCAUCUUAGCCAUAUUCUGUAUUAG